UUCACGAAUACCUCCGCUUGUUGAUGUCAGUGUCACGAAACGAAAGCUGAUAAUUGCGGUAGUUGACGCAUGAUUAACUAAUGACACUAAUUCUGUCCAGUAGCAGGUUAUUAUUUGUUUUGUAUCGAUUUACAGUCGUUGACUCGGGAACCAGUACUGUAGUAAGUUUAAUCACAACACUUUGAGAUAUCUCUAUUUGAGAUAUUUAGCUGCGCAGCCACCGGCAUGUAGAUAUUUAAACCCUUGUGCCUAUUCUGAUGUUGUGGUGUCAGAAUACUGUUGGCUGUCUUGCCAUUUUUUAAUCAUACCUUUAUACUUGAUCGUGAACCGAAAAUAAGGACUAAACUGCUAAGUGGAUACUUUACAUCCCUACCGAAACUGCUGCUUCAAGAAGUCGUGUGAAGGCUUCAUAUAAAUAAGGCUAUGGCCGAAGAAAACACCCAGUUCUGCAGUAAUUGCAAACAUGACAUUCCAGAAGCCAACUUUACAACACACGAGAUUCACUGUCGUAGGAACAUUGCUCUGUGUGAUGUGUGCCAGGAGCCUUUUCCUCGGGCUGAACUUGUUCAGCACAAAGAGCGGGAUCAUGCAGAGGAGCAAUGCAAAUGUGGAUUGAAGAUAGAGAAGAGACACAUGGAGACCCAUCAGAGGUCUGAUUGCAGUCACCGAAUGGUCCCUUGUCAAUUCUGCGAUCUGGAGCUGGCAUUUUGCCAGUCUAAAGAGCACGAGGACUACUGUGGGACCCGCACCGAGCCCUGCCCGAUCUGCAAGUGCAAUGUUAUGUUGAGGGAGCGAGGCAUUCAUCCAGCCCUGUGCGGUAGCUUGACCCCUCCUCAGGAGAGGAACAGCGUUAGGGCAGGGUCCCAGUCUCCUGGAGCAUGGUUUGAGACUCACUCCAUCCAUAACCUGUUGAGGGCCCAGGAGAGGAGCCACAAUAAUAACAACACCGGGGCAGCAGACCGCAGGGGUCCACCAAGACCCUUGGAGGACAGACUGCACAAUAGCACCAGAGGAACAGUGUGGGCAGUAACCCGGAGGAAUGCAGAAACGAGGAGCAAUGACUUUGCUUCCUUGCUGGAUCAGGAAGCAGAGAUGGGGAACAACAACAACAGCCUGCUGUGGUCUCUCGGCCAGCUGCCAGACUAUGACUCUUCCAGUCUGGACUACAUGCUGGCCCUCAGCCUGCAAAGUGAAGGUGACUUGGAGGACCCUGGGGGUCAGGAGGGUGUGUGGACUGAUGUGUGGGACCAUCGUCUUGGAAGGACACCAGCCCACAGCAAUCUCGCUUCCCAGCUCUCUUCCAGCACUUACAACAACAGCACUGCAGCUCCACCUAAAACCAAUACAACCCCAGGCCAUAGCACUUCCUCAAACAUCAUGCUGCCUUGCGAGUUCUGUGAAGAGCUCUUUCCAGAGGAAGACCUUAUCUUACAUCAGACCGGGUGUAGCCCUGCCUCUGCUAUUGCUUCCUUCAGUAAACAGGUUCCCUCUCUUCACUAUGAAGACAUCAUCACUCAAGUCGCUGGUCAUGUCAUUCCUCCCCACACGCCCAGUCCGCCCACCCUGCCACUUUCUGUUUCGCCACUCUUAUACAGUUCUUCCCCCAGCCCUGUUGAGGGCGACGUGCUCAUUCCUUGUGAGUUUUGUGGUAUUGCCUUGGAAGAGAAUGUGCUGUUUCACCAUCAGGAUAAAUGUGACCUCCGGCCUCACACAGCUUAUUCAGUAGAUGGAGCGUCUCCACGGAAACCACACCACAAAGAGGCCCCUGAGAGAAGAUCUCCUGAGAGGCAAAGGAGGGUGAGACAUCAAGCCGACCCAGGUGAAGAGCUUUCUCAACAGACAGCUCAGGGGUGGCAGAGAGGCACCUCAGCUUUUGACCAAUGGAAGCCCUCAGCCUAUGAUUACACUAAGAACACUAAUGCUGAGCAGCAGGUGAAAAGCAGGAUCCAAAGGUGCAAAGUUGCUGAGGCUAAUACCUUUCUCAACGAUAGCCCCAGGUCCCAUACUGCAGGCACUUCUGGACCUACACACAGAGGAAGACCGGAAGGUCGAAGGAGUGAGAAAAACACAGAGACACCAAAGGUGCCUAAAAAACAUAAUGUUGAAAAAGAGGAGGAAUAGAGAAGAUCAACCAAAUAUCUGAGCCUUGGUCACUCAAAUCUCUUUACUAUUGUUUAUAGUGUAUAUGUCUUUGGCUUGAAAAUAUAUUUGUGUAAUUGCACUAGUCUUUCUUUUCCUUUUUCUAGUGUUUGUAUGUAAUUUCAAAUGUUUAUGAUUUAGGCCUUUCAAUAUUCAUUAGUUUAAAGACAUACUUGGAGAAACUGUUUGAUAUUUUAUUGAAAAACAUGCUUAUAUAAAAAUAACAAAUGUGAUUUUUUUUACAGUGCACUGUUACAAAAAAAAUCUCUUACAGUGAUCAGAUUUAAACAUUUUUGAUGUAUGGUAAAGCUUUGCUGUAGCAUAUACUGUACAAUAGUUUCUUCAAUUGGCUAUGUUGGUAUUUUGAAAUUAGAUAUAAUGAUACAUCCACUACAUUCCCUUGGGUCACUUGUCUUUUCAAUAAAGAUGGGAUAACUAUCCCAAUGAUUUGCCUUCUCUUAACCCAGCCUACACUGGAAUCAAUGA